CUCCCCGCCCUCCCGCGGCUCUAACGGUCGAGGCGCGCGGGGCUGCACUGGAGUCUCAGUUCAUGGGAUAAAUAAGAUGGCUGCUCUUGAGAAGCAUCCAGACCUGAGGCCCCAGCAGAACAGCCCAUCAGAUCCCAGCACUGGUCAGAAGAGUAAUUUCUUAGAGACUGAUUGGAAGACACCAAUGUUGUCUGAGAAGUUCCAGAGCCGUGUCAGCCGCUGCCCGAGCGUGGCCACCAGUGGGGAUGGGGGCAUUGGGACCUCCUGCUCAGACAGCACAGAAGACUUUUGCAAUUCCAGUAACGGUUCCACAUUCCAGCCCAUCAAAACCCAAGUGAUCAUCCCAACAGCCCAUGUAAUGCCUUCUACCUUGGGUGCCUCACCCUCCAAGCUGUGCUCUGCAGGAGAGCAGGGCCCUUCACAGCCUACUUCAAACCCUGCUAUGCCAGGAUCUGCUUCUGAACAUGCAGGGCUCAUGAGAAAUGGAGACUUUAAUGCUGAGAAGUCAUCUCAGGUGCCACCCAGGGAUUUCUUACGUCCCUAUGGGCCUUCAGGGAAAAAUAGUUUUGAGCAAUCCUGGCAUCCUGUUUCUGAUCACAUGAGAACAGAAGAUCCUUGGAAGUUUGACACUCCUGCCAUCGAGCGCACCCUUAACCAGUCUCUCUUUUCAGAUAGCUUGUGCACUGACCCUCUUCACAGGUUCCAGAAGUUCAAUCCAAACUCUGAGGCAGGAAAGGACCAUUAUUAUAAGGUGCUGCCAGAAAGUAAGCAAGGAGCUGGAGCUAAUGGAGCCUGUGAGCCUCAGGAUGGAACGUGGCCAAGUGGGAGCAGGCUGAUGCCGACGGGACUCCAGGGCAACAAUUUCUUUUCAAAACCUGUAACUCCUUCAUCUGGAGCCUGGAUGCAAGAACCCUGCACUCUGCAUCCACAUGAGAGGCUCUGUGAGCUCAGUGCUUGGAAACAGCAGCUGGAAAAAGUGCAAUUGCAAAUAGAGCAAAUGCAGUUACAAAAUGGAGGUGUCUGCCACCAUCCUUCUGUGUAUUCUUCGUUGCCUUGCCCUGAUCCAGCCCAGUGGAUCAAUAUCCUGAACUCCAAUGAAAACCUACUCAAGGAGAGAGAGCUUCUCAUUGACAGACAAAGACAACACAUAUCCCAAUUGGAGCAGAAACUCAGGGAGAGUGAGCUGCAGGUUCACAAUGCCCUGCUUGGCUGUCCAGCAUCCUACGGGGAUGUCUACAUGUUGAGGAUGCAGGAGCUGCAGCGGGAGAACGCAUUUCUUCGAGCACAGUUCACUGAGAAAACUGAGUCCCUCAGUAAGGAAAAGAUUGAACUGGAGAGAAAAUUGGCUGCUGCAGAGGUGGAUACAAAGCUGAUCCGGGAGUCACUGAAGGAAACUAUGCAGAAACAUGCAGAGGAGUUAAAGAAACAGGAUGAAAGGGUAAAGGGAAGAGACAAACACAUUAAUAACCUUAAAAAGAAAUGCCAGAAAGAAUCUGAACAAAACAGAGAAAGACAACAGAGAAUUGAGACCCUGGAACGAUAUUUGGCUGAUCUGCCAACCCUUGAGGACCACCAGAAACAGAGUCAGAAGCUGAAGGAAUCUGAACUGAAGAGUGCUGCUAUGCAGGAAACAGUGCUGGCACUGGAAACUGAGCUUGGAGACCUCCGGGCUGCUUUCAGGGAGCAAGAGAUGCAGUUAGAAACUCAAAAGCACAAAGAGCUGGAGCUUCUUUCCACUGUCCGCAGCUUGCAGGAUAAGGUGCAGCAGUGUGUAAAGAAUGCAGAGAGAGGAUCCCCAGCUCAGGAUGGGGAGAGACAGAAAAAAGAAAAUGAUGCUCUUAAGAAAGACUGUGACUGCCUGAGGAAGAUUGUGGACAAACAGCAGAAGAAGAUGGAGCAGUUGUCAUUGCAAGUAAAGAACUUGGAAGACCAGGUGGCCCAGGAAGAGGGGGCAAGCCAAGCUCUGAGAGAAGAGGCGAUGAGAAGAGAAAAUGGACUGCAGCAGCUCCGAACUGCUGUGAAAGAGCUUUCAGUACAGAAUCAAGAUCUCAUUGAGAAGAACCUGACCCUUCAGGAACAGCUCCGUCAGGCAGAGCUAACAACCCAGCCCCUGCCUGCUGAGACAGCUCAGCUGGCCCAGGAGCUGCAGGCUGAGCUGGCCACCUGCCUGCAGGAUUUGCAGUCUGUCUACAGUAUUGUCACUCAGAGGGCUCAGGGCAAGGACCCCAACCUCUCUCUGCUCCUGGGCAUUCACUCUGUGCAGUACUCUGCUAAGGAGAAGGAUGACUUGCUGGGCCCUGAUGGACUUGCAAAGAAACUGGUGGAGGUAAAACAGCUUCAUAAAGAGGUGGAGGACUUAAGGACAGCAAUAUCUGACAGAUAUGCUCAGGACAUGGGAGACAACUGCAUCACCCAGUAAAGAACACUCCCCAAAGUAAGACAGGACAUAAAGACUUGGGAGUUCAGAGCUCCUACAACCCAAAACCUAUUCAGCACUUUACCAUCCCGUUGCUUGGGUAACAAGAUAUGUGACUUAAAUGUGGGUUUAUUAAUCAGGGAGUUUGUUGCCAGAAGUCUUUAGCUGCUGACUGGUUAACUGGAAUCAUUCAGGGCUUCAGUGUCAGGCUUUGCAGUAGCUUUGAUCUUGUGGAAUGUGUUUAUGCUGUGUUUGCUGGAGCUGGUGUGGUCUCUGAACUCUGGGAGAUGAAUUCUGAAUUGCCUUCCAGGCAUGUCAAAUGCUGAACAUGCAAAUGUGACAGUUAAAACCAUCACUAAAAGGAAAUGUAUGCCCCUGGUCUUGCUGAUAAAUUCUCUGUGCAGAUCCUGUGUGACAAGUAAGACCAGAGGAUUAUCAGAGUGCUCAGAGGAGAUGUGUGGAGUUCAGAUCAAGCAGGUGUGCCAGUUACACCACUGCUAAUGACCUCAAAGUGCUACCAGCUUCCCAGAUGCUGUUUUCAGGGCUCUGGUGUGGAUGCUUCUUUAGGCAUUCAUGGGAGCAGAACCUGCUUUCCUCAGGGAAAUGCAACUGGGGUCUUUCAGUAGGCAACAGGAGCUGGGCAAUAAA